UUAUUAGGCUUGUAAUUAUCUGUAUCUUUCCAAUUUUUACAGAAUGACUAAAGUGCCCCUCCUCUUUUUCUUCAGAUUGCACACGACACGGAAGGAGCAACCCGUGCUCGUUCCUUCGCUCCCCAGUCCCCAUACCCGUUCGUGACCGAGCCGCCACAGAGAGCGCCCGCCUCUGCUCCGCCUCGUCGCCCGCCUCUGCUCCGCCUCGUCGCCCGCUGCUGCUCCGCCGUCUCCCCACGCCCGCCGCCCUCCAGGACCUCCUCCAAGGCAAGAUGUGGACUGGAGAUUGACAUGGGGAUUUGAGGGGUUCUGGAUUGAAAAAGGGGUAUGAUGGAUCUGCAAAGGGAUAUGUCUACGUGUAUGCAUGAAUCUAGCAAAUCCAGUGUGACUAACCUAACCACGGGAGCUACUUCGGCCAAUGAUGGGGACGAAAAUCCUGUUCCUAUUAUUGAUUGGUCUUCUCUUGUGAUUGAACCUACUAAUGAGGGGGACGAAAAUGCUGGGGAGGAAAAGGGGAUACCGGAUGAAAAGCCGGUGGAUGAGCACGCCAUGUUUGCUCUGUUUGGUUUUAAAACAGAGGAGAAUGUGCGAGCUGAUGAUGUGAAGCCAAAUAUUCCUAUUCCUAAUUAUGGCCUACAUGAUUGUGAGGGUGCUGAUAUGUUUGUCGAUGAUAAGGCUCCAAAUGAGCCACUUAUUGUGUGGGACGAACGGCACCCGCAUAUGGAUGUUGGGACGCCAUAUCCUAAUAUGGUUGAAUUUAGAAAGGCCAUAAAACAAUUUGCUAUCAAUGGGGAGUUUGAAUAUGGCACUAAAAAAAAUGAGCCAGAGAGGUUUCGGGCGUUUUGUAAAGGUAAAUCCCAAAAAGAUGAACCUUGCAAAUGGGCCAUAACCGCUAAUUGGCAGCGAGAUGCAAAGUGUGUCAUGGUUGUGAAGCAUCAAACACAACAUAUUUGCAGCUCAACAAGUGGAAAAGUGACAAAUAUGACAUGCCAAUCUUGGGUGGCUGAUAAGGCAAAGGCUAUUCUGAAGAAAGAUCCCACCUUAAGUGCUGUGAAGUUACUUAAAGAGCUGGAAGAAGAACAUCAUGUCACACUUAACUAUCGCACGGUGUGGAAAGGCAAACAAAAGGCUGCAACCAGCUUAUAUGGGAGUUGGGAAGAAAGUUUCAGGAGUCUGUACAACUACAAGGCGGAGAUAGAGUUGAGGUCUCCGGGAAGCAUUGUAGAGAUUGAUACAACCACAGUUGCAGGUGAAGUACAUUUCAAUAAGCUUUUCAUUGCUCUGAAGCCUUGCAUAGAUGGAUUCUUAAAUGGGUGUAGGCCAUAUAUUAGCAUAGAUUCAACUCACUUGAAUGGCAAAUGGAAUGGUCAGUUAGCUGUAGUCACUGCUUUAGAUGGUCACAAUUGGAUGUUUCCGGUGGCAUAUGGGUUUAUUGAGUCUGAAAAUGGAGAUAAUUGGGCUUGGUUCAUGAAUCAAUUGAAGAAGGCAAUAGGGGACCUACCGGUAUUGGCUGUUUGCACCGAUGCUUGCAAGGGUCUUGAAAAUGCUGUCAAAAGGGUCUUUCCUGAAGCAGAGCAGCGUGAGUGCUUUAGGCACAUGUACCACAAUUUCCAGAAAUAUUUCCAUGGUGAUGUCUUUGGAAGGUUGUGGCCUGCUGCUCGGGCAUAUAGAUUGGAGGUAUAUCAACAUCACAUGGCCAAGGUGUAUGCGGCUUCCGAUAAGGUAUUGCCUUACCUAAGCAAUUACCAUAAUCUGUUAUGGAUGAGGUGCAUGUUUAACCCUCAAAUCAAGUGUGACUACAUCAAUAACAAUUUGGCCGAGUGUUUUAAUGCUUGGGUGAAAGAUAUCAAGGACUUACCGAUUGUUCAGCUAGCGGACAAAAUUAGAGAGAUGAUUAUGGAGCUAUUUAGGAAGAGGAGAAUGAUUGGAGAAAGAUUUGUAGGUCUAAUUCUGCCAUUUGUCAUACAUCAACUAAAUGCAAAGACUAGAGGACUAGGACAUCUCAAGGCCAAAGCAUCAGCUGAUUGGAGUGCGGAAGUGACCAAUAUUAACAAAGAUGGUGAAAGGCAUGUGGUGAAAACACUCACACAUGAGUGUACUUGUCUCCAAUGGCAGCACACAGGCAAGCCUUGUGACCAUGCACUUGCCUUCAUAAAUGUUCUGCAAGCUCGGAACUUUGUCAACAUGGAGGAUUACGUACAUGAGUACUACUCAGUUAGCAGAUUCAGGGCAGCCUAUGAAGGUGCAAUUGAGCCCCUUACAGACAAGAAUCAGUGGCCACAAGUAGAUACUGGAUUUGUCUUGCGUCCACCAAUUCCAACAAGCAAGAAAGCUGCUGGAAGAACAAGGAAACAAAGGAUAAAGGCUUGGUGGGAAGGUGGUACAAGGAAGGGGGCUCUCAACAAAUGCAAAAGAUGUGGCGUAGCUUGGCCAUAGAGAAUCUGGCUGUCCUAAUAAUGGAACAAAGAAAAGGAACGGAAAGGGGAAAAAGAACAUGUCGCCAUGGUUUGAUGUUUCCGUGAGCAACUUAGUCCCGUCUACACCAACAAAGAACCAAGCUGCUGCUACAACUAGCAGCCCGGGACCGACCACAAGGAGCCAAGCUGCUGCUGCUACAACUAGCAGCCCAGGACCUGUGACAAGGAGCCAAUCUGCUGCUUCUACACCACUGAAAUCUCCUCCAGCAAAAGGAAAGAAGAUGACUCCAAAGAAGCGGAAAUCAAGUGACCUGUGAACUUGUUGUGCCUUUGAAGAACUCCUUUAUUUGUUCAGAACUUGGUUGUGUACGUGAGAGACAUUCUCAUGUUUAUUUUGUUGUCAUGCAUGAACUACUUUAAAUUCUUGUUGAACAAUCAGUUUGUGAGACUGUGAAACUAUCAGUUUGUGAACCUAUGAUAUUGUUGUCAGUUUGUGAGUCA